GCAUGCCCAGUGCGCCCCCGGGCCAGCGACCGCCCUACCAUCCCCCGUAGGCCUUGGCGGGGCGGUGAGGGGUGAUGGCGGCUCUGGUGAUGGUUUUCUCUCCGCUGCCGCGGCUCCGCGGGCUCCUCCAGCGCUGCUGGGGGCGGCUGGAGCGCGGCCUCUUGCCGGGUUUCUCCGGGGGCCAGAGCCCGCCCUGGGGACCAGCACUAGCAGUCCAAGCUCCAGCUUUUCUGCCAGAGUCAGCAAGCGAUGCUAGAGAAAGUAACGAGGCGCCUAGCCUCUUGGACAGCAUCUUGUGGAUGGCGGCGCCAAAGAAGAGGCGCACCAUUGAAGUGAACCGCUGCAGGCGAAGAAAUCCCAACAAGCUUAUAAAAGUCAAGAGGAACAUAGAUGUUUGCCCUGAGUGUGGAAACCUGAAACAGAAACAUGUCCUUUGUGGCUAUUGUUAUGCAAAGGUCAAAGCAGAAACUCGACUGAUACGUCUGGAAAUACGUAAAAAGGAGGGAGGACCAUUUAAUACUCCUACUGUAGAGACUGUCGUCCUUUAUGAUGGAGAAAAGCCCACAGAAAAUGACAAGGGCAAGCGAAUCAUUGAAAGAGCCAGGAAACGUCCAUCUUGGUUUGUUCAAAAUUGAUGCUAUAGAACUAAUGCUCACAAAACCAGUUACCACAGCAAGAAAGAUCAUGUUUUUCAGGAAUGUUUUGCUUGUUUUGUUCACUCAACGUUGAUAUGGAAAACCUGUGAACUUUUGGGAAUUCUGUAAUCGUGUGUCAUACCAUGCGGUGUUGCAGUCAGGUGCUUUAUCUGUAGCGUGCAGUGGGAAAUGCUGCUCAGUGAUACAUCGUAGCAGUCAAGAAUUAGAGAGAAAUCAGGAUCUAUCUUGGGUUUGGACAUCUGUGUACAGUACACUGAAUAACUUUUAUGUUAAUGUGCUAUGCUGGUUUUGUAAAUAACUUUUUUUUUUUUAAACAAAGGGAAAGCAUUCACAUGUUAAAUAAAGCAUGUUAAGUUUCCUAGGAAAA